CUCUCUCUCUCUCUCUCUCUCUCUCUCUCUCUCUCUCUCUCUCUCUCUCUCUCUCUCUCUCUCUCUCUCUCUCCUUUUUUCACUUCUCAUUUAAGUAAUGGAGGGCACUGGUGCUCUGCUGGUUAGGAAGAAGUGUAACUCUUCUCUUUGGGCAUUGAAGAUAGUUGUAGUACUGCUAUUGCUCUUGCUUCUUACCUGCAGCCAUGGAGGAAGCAGCAGCAGCAGCGGCAGCAGCGGCAGAGGUUGCCAAGCAGAAGAGAGGAAGGCUCUAUUACGCAUAAAGGACUUCGUCAAAUCCAACUGGCUUAGUUCUUCUUCUUCGUCUACUACUGAUAUUUUGCCUUCAUGGGUGGCUGGGGAAGCAGAGAGUAUUGACUGCUGUAAGUGGGAAAGGGUGAAGUGCAACCCCACUACUGGACGGCUCAUGGACCUCUCCCUCUUUAAUAUCAACAACAUAACCUAUGAUCAUCAUUUAGAUUGCAUAGGUUGUGAAAAUGGGCUUCUGAAUGCCUCCCUCUUUCUCCCAUUCCAGGACCUCACAACCCUUAAUUUGUCUCUUAAUCCAAUCUCCCACUUUCUUCCAAAUCAAGGUUUUGAAAAGUUAACAAGUUUGAAGAAGUUAGAAAUCUUGGACCUGGGCUUUAAUUACUUUUACAAGAGAAACAUCUUCCGAUCACUUGGCCAGUUGACUUCACUCAAGACUUUGAUUCUUGGUCACAAUGACCUUGAUGGAUUCUUUCCGAUCAAAGGCAUGCUUACCUACUCUAGAUUCAUGUUCAAGUUUUGCUUUGUUUUUUUUUUUACCGAGCCUUGUUGAGUUGAAAAUACGUUAUGUUCUUUAAAAUACUUUAAUUUUUUUAGUUGACUAAAAUAAUUUUCCUUUUGUAUUUAGUUUCUCAAUGAUUUAAAAAAAUAUCAUCUUAUUUUUUUU